GGAGUGAGAGGAGGUGGGGUGCGUGGAUGCUGCUGUGGGCUCGCUCCUCGCUCCGUGACGCGAGCCUGACGCAGUCCGCCUCCAUCAGCUGCAGAGUCCGGAGAGCGCGACACAAACACCGCCUAGACACCAUCGAGCAAGGCCCCGACAGCCACGGAAACAUGUAGAUCCAUCGCACCGCUCGACGCACGCACACGCAGGGGAUCUGGGACGCGAGCCGUUUCAUGGUCAGCAGCCAUGGGGGGCCACGACGAUGAAGACAUGCCUUAUGUGGUGGGCAAACAGAAGCAGGACGAGGAGCUGAAGAACAAACAGGAGCCCACUGCCAACAACACAAAGUGGCUCAAAGAGGGACAGAAUCAGCUGAGGAAAGUUACGGAGAACCAACACGACCAGGACCACAACUGCAAUAUCAGCCACAACGGCAACAGCACUCAGGACGAGCAGCAGGGCAACGAGGAGCAGAGCAAGUCCCCCAAGAAGGCUCUGACGCCUGCACUCAGCCACGAGGAGUCCAAGAACAUCCUGAACGAGGUGCUGGUAGAGGCGCUGGUCAUUGACUCUCUGGACAUCAGUGAGAAGGAGGACAAGACAGAGGAGGAUGACCACAAGAAGGAGGAGCAGAUGGAAGAGGGCAACAGGGGAGAGAAGGAAGCAGAGGAGGCCCAGACAGAGCCCAGCGCAGAGGUGCACAGGGAGGGGAGCGUGAGCGGGAGGAAUGCUUGUCUGCUCUUCUCCAACAUGAAUGAGACGCCUGUGGAGGAGGAGACAGGCUGGGCUCCUCUGUGCCAGGACAACAUGGCAGACACUACGCCCAAUGGCAACAGAGAGUCCUUCUGGGACUCCAGUGCAUUUGAGACAGACACAGAGCUGCCUUCUGGGUGGAUGCGAGUGCGGGACACCUCAGGCACAUACUACUGGCAUAUCCCCACAGGGACCACCCAGUGGGACCCCCCCUCUCCACUGGGAAGGGUCUCUGACUGUCUGUUGUCCUCCAGCAUGUCCCUGGAGACUACGCCUGUGGAGGAGCCUGAGGAUUCUUGGAGCCAUCUUUCCAACACAGAAGAAACUGCUGAGGAUGGAGAGCUUUGGAAGGAGGGAGAGGUAGCACCAGACCCAAGCCUAAAGGAGUUUGAAGGAGCAACAUUACGCUAUGCAUCCAUUAACCUCAAUUAUAGCUCCCAGUCUGAGGAUGAAGAGAAGCUGGCUCCGCUGUCUUCUGGUGUAGAGGCAAAGUGUUUCGCAGUGCGCUCGCUGGGCUGGGUGGAGAUGUCUGAGGAGGAUCUGACUCCAGGCAAAAGCAGUGUGGCUGUAAACAACUGCAUCCGCCAGCUGUCCUACCACAAGAAUAACAUCCACGACACGGCUGGCAUCUGGGGAGAGGGCAAAGAUAUGCUGAUGCUGCUGCAGAACGACACCAUGAAGCUGAUCGACCCUCUGGGGCAGACCCUGCUCCACGCUCAGCCCAUCGGGAGUAUCCGAGUGUGGGGUGUGGGCAGGGACAACGGCAGGGACUUUGCUUAUGUGGCCAGAGACAACCUGACUCAGGUCCUAAAGUGCCAUGUGUUCCGCUGUGACUCUCCAGCCAAAAACAUCGCCACCAGUUUACAUGAGAUGUGCUCUAAGAUCAUGAAUGAGAGGAAGGCAGCCAGACCCGGGGGAGGCAGACUGAGCACUGAUCUAAACAAGCCAUUGGGAAUCCCUGAAGAGUUCCCCGCACCCAAGAACGAGCUUUUCCAGCGCUUCCAUGUCUACUACCUGGGAUGUGAAGUCGUGUCCAAACCAGUCGGAGUGGACGUGAUUAAUGAUGCUUUAGAGGCAGCCAUGAACAGCAAAGAGCAGAGCGAGUGGACCCCAGUGUCUGUGAACGUGGCCCCAGCUACACUCACCAUCCUGACCAGAGAGAGUGAGGAGGUGCUAGCAGAGUGCCGCGUGCGCUUCCUGUCCUUCAUGGGUGUGGGCAAAGAUGUGCACACCUUCGCCUUCAUCAUGGCCGAAGGACCCAGCGACUUUACCUGCCACAUGUUCUGGUGUGAGCCCAAUGCGGCCAGUCUGAGCGAGGCUGUGCAGGCUGCCUGUAUGCUGCGUUACCAGAAAUGCCUGGACGCCCGCCCGCCCAGCCUGGCCUCCUGUCUGCCCACUCCCCCGGCCGACUCUGUGGCUCGGAGGGUCCGCAAGGGCAUGCAGAGCCUGCUGGGCAGCUUCAAGAGCUACAGGUCGGGUUCCCAGUCUCCCUGAGCCCCAGCCAGAGGCAAAUCUCCAUGUUUAUCCCACCUCGGAACACCUAUGUACGGCUGCACAAUAUUGGAAAAAGCUAUCCUAAAAUAGCCAUGAUAUUGACCCUUUUGACAAGGACUGGUUGAUAUGGUGAUAGAAACAGAGUGAGAGUGAAUGACAGGUGGAUUUAAACAAUCACAGUAGGAGCUUUCAGACAAAAAGAUGACUUUAUAGAGUUGUUAAGUGUGAUGUCAGUUUCGGUUCCAUCGGCUGAUUGAAAACAAUGUUUACAAUUUUCUGUGGUAAUCCUAUGUUAUGAUAGAUUCUUACUACAUUAUUUAAUACAGUUUGUGGUUAAACACACGCUUUCGAAAGGGAACUGUGUCUAGUUUGAUGAAUAAGGAACAAAAACAAAGAAAUCAGUUGUGAACUUUCUGGUUGGACCUGAAAGUGACCAUCACUUAACAACUCUUAAAGACAAUAUCAAAAUAUAAAGAGUACCUGAAUCGUGAUCAAAUCAAAAUCACGAUCUGGCUCCAAGAAAAUUGUGAUAUUAAGUUUUGGCCUUUUCACCCACCACCAUGACUUAUUCAGAUCAACUUUACUUUUGGCACUAAAUGCCAAGUGAAUGAAACAAGUUUCCAUCCUCGAAGAAGGUUGUAACAGUCCAUUACUUAAACAUUUUAAAUGACUACACCUUAUUUCAAUAUUGUACAGCCUCAUUGAGUGAAAAAACGACACUAGAUUACCAACUUUGUGCUGCCAUUUUGAAAGUCUUACCUUUAUUUAAUUUUCCUCACCAGUUUGAAUGUUAGACAUGGAUGUGCAUUCCACUAGAAUUGCACCACAAUGUUACUGUAACUCCUUUUUCUAAGAAGGGCCUGUCUAGCGUUACCAUAGCGACGCCUUCCUCUCACUUUGAUUGUAACUACGGCCUCAUGUCUGUGCCACGUUUAUCAUUGUAGUUUAGUCUUCCAAAAAAACAAAACUCACUACGUUUACAUGAAGAGUACUCAGACUACGCUCGCUGUCCAGUUAUAGUCUAAUUUUGGACAGACCUUGUCCAUACUACUUGCAGGUUAAAAAGUGGAAUCACUGGGAACAAGGUCCAUGAUACAAUUAGGGUGUGUGGGAAACUGCAUUGACAUGCAAAGCUAACAUGCAUUUUGUUAUUGUUUAACUAAUAAAUCUUAACUUUUUUUGUGGAAUAUUUGCAUUUCAUAUAUUAAUUACAUUUCAGGCUGCUUUUAAACAAAAUGGAAAACAAGCUAGUUUGCAUCAGAAAUAUUAUUUGUGAGUAAGUGAUUACGCAGUAUGAUCUUGACCGUGUUUUGACCAUUGCAGUUGAAUGCCUAUGCGUUAUCUGCAGCAGUACUCUAGUUCUAUUGGGAGUAGUCCAGUCCUUUGGUUUUCUUUACAUGUGAACGUAGUGAGUGACACAUGAGGGGUCCUGAUCACAUGGAGUUACCAUCUAUAUCUGUUCUUUUGUCCAGACACUUCCGUCCAUUUUGGUACCAUUUACAUAAAGUUAAUAAUAAUAAUGCGAUGCACUUGCUAUGGGCUUCACAGGAUUGUUGAAGCCACUACAGUCAUUAUGCAUUCUCCAUUCCACACUCUGGAUUUUCAAGCUACAAUUGUAGCCACAGCUGCUCUGGGGCAAACUGACAGAAAUGAGGCUGACAGUGAGCAGCAUCGGACCCUCAGACCACCAUUAUCUCACACAUCCACACCAUACUAGGCAAAGUCGAUGUAGUGUCUUGCCUACAGAUACAACGAUAGAACUUGGUUUGAGCAGGAAUAGAUCCUCCGACUUUUGGGGGACCACUGCUCUAACCAUUGAGACACUCUUGCCUCAAUUAUGGAUGUAACUAUGGUUUUAUGACCAGCAGAGGGUGCUACUCACAAAUUUUUAUAAAUUAACAAAUAUAAUUUGACCAGGUUUAUCAUGUUUCAUACAAAAUGAGAAUUUAAUAUACAGAAUAUUCACACAGGUUACUUAUAGUUUACCUUUAACCAGAUACUCCUGUUUUUAUAAUGAUUUUAAGAAAACAAAAUAUAAUUUAUUUUGAAAACUCUCUGAACAUAAGACAGAUAUUGUCCUCCCUGUGUCCAGCUCCAUAGUGUCUGUUUCACUUGUGCAUGAACAAGUUGCAAGUUCAAUGCUAGUGUGCAAUAACACCAUGUUUGUUUUCAUCUCUUGAGUUUUUGUAAAUGUAAGCCUGACCCAGUCAGAUGUGUGGCAGUGGAGCCCUGUCAAAAUGGUGGUUAGGUUGUACAAACGAUUGUGAAAUGUCCACUUUUCACGGGUAGAGUAGACUAUUCCCACUGACUGCAUGUUUGAGAAGUAGAGCUUAGGAGCCAUCCUGUACAAAGUACUUUCAUUUUGGUGAGAAAAGAGAGAACUGUAUACGGGGGGGCGAUAUAGCAACAAUAUUACAUUUGAAAAUUGGAGCGAAAGAAGAACGUGUAAUUUACAGGCAAUACUGGACUGAACUAGAGCUACACAUUUUUAUCUGUAAAACAAUUAUUUCUCCAGUCAGAUUUAAAAAUGGUGCAAUCAGAAACGUCAUUCCAUUCCAUUGUGAAUGUGACGUGUGCUUGUUCUUAAAGAUGAUACCAGGGUCAGAAAGAUUCAUACCAAGAUUCUAAUCAAUACUUAAAAGUCACAGUAUGCAACUUUCUGGAGGUGGCACAUCACCUGCGUCACCUGGAAGUUAAAAACACACUACGGAACAUUCUUCAUAGAGAUGGAAAGGUUUUAUGGAAACAAGGAGGAAGAGACCCUCCUCCAGGCCAAAUAAGACUCAGAUUUGUGGCGAUGCAAGCCCACUCAGAAUAAGGACACAAGUUUUUUAAAAAGUUGCUCAUAAAAAUGCAACCAAAAUGAAAACAAAACAUGCUUUUAUUUUAAUCUUUUUUUGGGAAGGCAAAAAAGUUUUAGGACUGUAACAUGAAUGUGACUGCUAGAAUUUAUAAUGUCUUAAAACAUUUCAAAACAUUUUUUUUAGUAUCAGAACUGAGUGUUUUGUUUGUUUGUUUUUUGUCGAAAUUCUAAAUAAUCAAGAUUUUAUAUUUGUGAUCAAACUAAAUUUAUACAAGUUAAUAUUUGACAGUGCAUAAAUGAUCCUCACAAUAAUCUGAUUACAUUUAUGACCCAAACACAGCAGCACUCUUCAAAUCACACAGAAGAGCAGUCAUAGCCUACGUGAAUCCUACAAAACUCCUUUUCAUCUUUGCUGUAUGGCCCACCCUGGUCGCGUCUCGUGUUCAUAGGCAUGUUACUUCUCAAUGUCGAUGUUUGUCUAACUAUAUCUGUAGAUUUUAGACUGAAUAGUGAGUGAACAGACAGCAGGUAAAUGUGGACCCGUUUGAGAUGGUUUUACCGUGUGUGGACCCGCUCUGGUCUAAUGUAUUUUUUAUUCUCCACACACUCCGAUGUACACUAUUAAAACCCUUGUUUUUGCAUUAGCUGCUUAGAUCUUACUUUUUAUAAAAAUUACACUACAUAUAGAAGUUUAUCUGUGAGUGAUUCAGUGUAUGUAGCACAAUAGUAGACUUUGUGAAAGAGGCAGCUGGGAAGAGGUUAGGACAAGACUCCACAAGUUAAAGAUACAAUAACUUUUCUUGUAGGGGUUCACCUUCUUGUCUCCGUGAAGAUGUUAAUGCUUUGCCUGCAAUCCUUUACAGUAUGGCAUUAAACUUGUCUAUCUUUCAUUUAUUCAAAUAUAGGUGUUUUUAUUUCUCAAAAACACAUGUUGUUACUGUGAUUGGGAUUGCAUCUCUACAGAACUGACCUGUAACAUGGCCUCUGGUUGUUGUCUCCAUUGCGAUAGAUUUAUUAACUAACCAUUGUAUAUAUAUAUAUAUAUAUAUAUUUACAGCAUUAUUCAUUCUCUCUGCAUGCAUUAUUCACUUGGGUGAAGUGUCUUGCCUAAGGACAAACAUAUUUGCCACUAGCGCCCCACUGUGGCAUCUGAUAUUCCCAGUCUUCUACAAUCCAAGUCAUUAGAUUCUAAAAUCAGACGAGAUCAAGCUUUGACAAAGAGAUUUGUUUAGAUGGAUUUAAUGCCAUAUUAUGAAACAUUCCAGGCAAUAGCAUGUUGUGAACCCAGCACCAGAAAAGAGAUCAAACAAUAGGAUUUAAAUUUUACUUAAAGGUGGUAGCAACAAAAUGUAUAAAUUCACCCCAAAUAAAUAAAAUACAUUUGUUUAGAUACAAAAAGAAAAAAAAUUGCUAAAUCUUUUAUUUUAGAAAGGAUUACCUUUUAAAAAUUCCAGGUUUUAGAGUAAUGGUAACUCAACCCCACCGCCCCAUCCCAGCUGCUCUCUGACUGCUGUGUGCGGAUGCUCCUCUGUUCUGUGCAACACUAAGAGUUCACCAUCAGCAGAUUAAUUUAUUUCUCUUCAUGUAAAUGAGGUGUACAAUAUAUGUGUAUAUAAAAGUCACCGCACAAUAAAUGUCGACAUAUCCUAA